UGUGCCAGCGGACCGAGAAGUGUUUGUGACUACUCCUUACAAACACUCAGACUUCUGCAUGUGUCGAAAUUGUUGAUAUAACGCAGAGAAAAAAAGAGGAAAUGAGUCUUUCCGUGCUCUCAUCUUCUGCCACAGCGAGUUGAAACGAGUAGGACGGCCGCAGGAAAACACACGAAGGUGACAUGAGGGACCGACUUAUUGAGCUGCAGAACUCCAAACCUGCAGAAGAGGAGCACGGGCCCGAGGAGAGCAAUGACCAUCCCACAGGUGACGAUGGCGAGCUUCUGGAGCAACAAGCCAUCAUGUUUGAGGGCGAGGAUGUGAUGGACAUGGUCUACAAGGACGUGCAGGCGAUGAGGAAGGAGAUACUGCUGCUCAGACUGGACGUGAAGCGUCUAGGGAAGCAGAACACCAGGUUCCUCACGUCUGUCCGGAGGUUCAGCAGCAUCAAACGGGACUCCAACGCACUCGGACGGGACAUCAAGGCCAGAGGGGAGGCCAUUUACGCUCGGUUGGAGCGGCUGGGGAAGCUGAGCAAAGAGCUGGAAGAGGACAACGGGCCAACUUCAGCUGUGGCUCGCAUGGUGCGCUCACAGUAUGUGUCUCUAACCGCCGCUUUCCGAGAUGCCAUGUCUGAGUACAACGAGGCUGAGAUGGUCCAGAGGGAGAACUGCAAGACCCGCAUCCAGAGGCAAGCCGAGAUCAUGGGCAAGGAGGUGAGUAGGGAGCAGAUCGACGAGAUGAUCGAGACGGGCAAGUGGAACGUCUUCUCGGAUAAUCUCCUCCUGGAGGGGAGGACUGCCAGAUCUGCCCUCAAUGAGAUCGAGAACCGGCACAAGGAGCUGCUGGAGCUGGAGAGCCGCAUCAGGGACAUUCAGGAGCUUUUCCUCCAGAUGGCCCAGCUGGUGGAGGAACAGGGCCACAUGCUGGACAACAUAGAGGCCAAUGUAACUGGAACUCAGGACUACGUUGUGAAGGCCAGGGUCCAGAUCAAGAAGGCCGUGGUAUACAAGAAAAACAACCCAUGCAAGAAACUGUUUUGUUGUUGCUUCCCUUGUUGCAAAUGAGACAGCAUGAAUGUUCUAUUUUUCCUCAGCGUCUCGAGAACAUUGAUCGGCUUGCUUUGCAAAAAAUGCCUCCAAUGUCUUGCUUUAGCUUGUGUAUUUAUUUACUCUUGUAUAGUUCUGUCCACUGAGCUGGUCUGAGAGACUUUGUCUUCGGUUCAGACCACACGUCCACAUGCAAAUGUAUACAGUGAGAUAUGGUUGCUACAUUUCCUGAUUGCUACAGAGAACUGCUUUGCAUGAUCACUGUGAAGACAUCUGAGCGUAUAAUUCAAUGGAGAACUCUCAGCUUUGUCCUUCAAAAAACGUUGUAAUGUUAUAUGAGAUAUUUAAUUGAUGUAAAUAAAUGCCUUAGAGUGACUUUUUAAAUCGA